CUCACUUUCUCCCAUUGACCCCCAGUUCAUAUUGCUAGACCCAGAGCCAUGGCCUCCCUGCUGGACUCCUUCCUCCUCUGCCUCUGCCUCGCUUCUUUCUCCCAAGGCGCCCAGCCCCGAAGGCAGCCCCCGGUCCCCCAGAAGCCGCCCAUCGAGACGGUCGCCCUCCAGCCAGACUUUGACCCCGAACAGUUUGCUGGGACGUGGUUCCUGGUUGCAACAGCCUCCCGCUGUGCCUAUUUGUCUGAAAACCACUACCGCUUGGAGGCCACAAAUGUGGUGGUGACCCUUGUGCCUAAUGCAGACUCCGGAGAAAAGGCCCUCCUCUUCAGCACCUUUCGCCCGCUGGAGGGCCACUGCUGGAAUAUCACCCAAACCUACUUCCCUGGAAAGACUCGCGGACGCUUCCAGAUCAAAGGUCGCAGCCUACCUGUUGAGGUUGCCAUUGGGGAGACAGACUACAGCAGUUAUGCCGUUCUCUUCCUCCAAAGGGCCAAGGGCCUCUCUGCAAAGCUCUAUGGCCGUUCGGCCAAAGUGGGUCCCGCGGUCACCGCCAAGUUCGAGCGACGGGUGAGGGAUCUGGGCCUGGAUGAGAACGACCACAUCUUCUACUUCCCUUCCUACGGGUUCUGCCACACAGCCGACUCCUUCCACACCCUGGACGAGACCAAGUUCACCGGGACCCGCUGAAGCCCUCCUUUCCUCCACUGGACCCAAAUGCAGAGCAAAAGCCCAGAAAAACAUUAAAUUUUUUUUGGAUCCAAA